GAUGAUAUGGACCCUGUUCACAUCGGUCACGUUACUCCACCUGCUGUCCAACUACAUGGCCGUCAAAUCUCUCAAUCUGGUCACGUUCAACGGGGAACGGCUGAACCAACCGUUACAUCCGCAGCUAUCUCCUCACGGACUUGGCGUACAGUCCUAAAGAGGUCAAACCGGUGGGAAGUCCUGUGUCGUCGGGAUAUCUUACAGAGACAAAGACCUGUGUGGUUUCAAGGUCAGGCUGGGCUGGGCUACUCUCUGCGGCAGCUGGUGGAGUCGGGGAAGAUCGGCAGCGAGGAACUGGUCGUGAUGGCCGACAUGUUCAGGAACCGAACUUACCUGCUGUUACCACACGUCAAGUCUCGCACGAUCUUUGUCAUGUUCAAUCCUGCCGCAACCACGCAGGACUUCAUACAGGCGUACUUCCACAGUGUGCUGCUUGCCAUUGCGAUCUGCCACAUAGAUAAUAUCACCCUGAACAUUUUGACGCAUUUACACCAGAGCACUGUUCUGAAAAGGAUAGAACGAGGUUGGGCUAGAACAAUCUCCUCCUCCCCAGACAAAGGUAAACAGCCUCUGGAAGCUGUGACAAUCGUUGAAGACAUCAUCGAUAAAGAGUUUCUCAAAUUCUUCCAUGGCUUGAAAACCCAAGGGUGGAGUACAGAAAGCCACAGCCUGGAGGUGGAUGAGUGGAGAGGAGAAUGGAAGGAUUCGGAUCUCAGAGAGUCUGCGAAAAACAAGUGACUUGUCAUCAACUCUCAUACUUUCUGUCAAUAAAUUGUUGAUUUUCCUUAACGUC